AACAAUUAAGAAAUUUAAAAAACUAGUUGAAAACUGUCAACAAACAUGUUAGAAUAUGAAAAUCAAAUCUUCCUUGAAAUUCUUCAGGAAGAUGGAUUAGUUAUUACAGCCAAGGGUCUUGGUAUAGAAACUGUUUUUGCAAAUGUGAUAAAAGCUUACUCGGACCCAGGCAAUCUAGUUAUAGUCCUGGGAACCAAUGAUCAUGAUGAGCAUUACUUUAUUGAUUUACUAAAGAGUUAUGGAACAAGUACAUUACCGCGUGUAAUCAAUGCCGAAUGUUCUUCUAAUGAUAGGGAAACAAUGUAUUUGGAGGGUGGAGUGUUUUUUAUAUCCGGUCGUAUUUUGGUGGUAGAUCUGUUAAAAAACAGAGUUCCAUUACAUCUAGUCACUGGUAUUCUUGUAUAUAGAGCUCAUAAUAUUUUGAAUGCUUAUCAAGAGGCAUUUGCGUUGCGUCUAUACAGACAAAAUAACAAAACUGGAUUUAUCAAAGCAUUCACAAAUUCAUCACUGGCCUUCACAGUUGGAUAUUCACAAGUAGAACGAGUCAUGAAAACUCUGUUUGUGAAAAAAUUAUAUUUAUGGCCGCGCUUUCACACAACGGUUAAUAAUUGUUUAUCUAAACAUGAACCCGAAGUUAUAGAACUACAUGUGCAGCUCACACCAAAAAUGCAGAGCAUUCAAACUACUUUGCUUGAUAUUAUGAAUUAUACUGUGAAAGAAUUAAAGAGACUCAAUAAAUAUUUAGAUUUAGAUGAAUUGACUGUGGAGAAUGCAAUAGCAAAGAAGUUUCACAAGCAAUUACAUUUACAAAUAGAUCCAAUCUGGCAUCAGCUUAGUACAACAACCAAACAAUUGUUUUCUGAUUUAAAAACAUUACGUUCUCUUGUCAUAUCUUUAACAUAUGAAGAUUCCGUUUCAUUUUAUGCCAUGUUAAAUCGUUUACGGACUAUGGAAUAUGCUAUGAAAGCCGGUGGUUGGAUAAUGUUAGAUGAAUUCGAGAAUUUGUUUAAAUAUGCCAAAAGCAGAGUUUAUACAGAUAAGAAUGACUUGAAACUGGAAUCAAACCCAAAAUGGGAAGCUUUAUCUGAAGUUUUAACUGAGAUUCAAGAACAGAAACAUCAAAAAAAAGAUUAUGAAAAUAUUGAUAAAGUUCUCAUUUUAGUACAUGACAACAAUAUAUGUCGUCAAUUAAAGAAUUAUUUAACUAUGGGAGCAAAACAAUAUUUACUUUAUGAAGCUUUAAAAAAAUUAUCACAUAAUAAGGAACAGAAGACAAGUGGAGAUAGUGGAAAGAAUGCAAAAGAUAAACAACCAACAUCUGAAAGUAAUACAGAUGAAGAAACGCAAGAGAUUCCAGAUACUUACAUACUCACUUUAUCGCAAAAAUGUACGAAAGAGCAAGAAGAAAAUCAACCCAGCACUUCAUCCAAACAAGAUGUAAAACAUCAGACAUUAUUUGAAGAAUGUUCGCAAAUUGCAGAAUUUGAUUUAAGUAAAGAGAUUUAUGCAGCAUCCGCACCUAUCGUUUUCAUACAAGCCAUAAAGAAAGGGGGAGAUCCGAUGGCUUUACAACGAACAUUAACUGAACAUAUGCCAAACAAUGUUAUUUUGUACAUUGCCGAUAUUGGUACCGUGAGACAACUAGAGAUAUAUCAGAAUAAUAAUCCGUCAUUAAAUCUGAAAAUAUAUUUUUUGAUUUAUGGUGGGUCGGUGGAAGAACAAGAAUAUCUGACUUCUUUACGACGAGAAAAAGAAGCAUUUCAUUCUUUGAUAAAUACAAAAACUACUAUGGUGAUACCAGAAGAUCAAGAUGGAAAAUCAGAAGCUUGUCUGGCUUUUGCAAUUCAAUCAAAUAAUACAGAUCAGGAUAAUACGCGUAAAGGUGGAAUGCAAUCUGAAGCCAAAGUAAUUCCAAAAGUUAUUGUUGAUAUGAGGGAAUUCAGAAGUGAAUUACCAGCUAUUUUAUAUACACGUGGCAUAACAAUCGAACCAGUGACAUUAGUAGUGGGUGACUAUAUUCUAACAUCAGAAAUAUGCGUUGAGAGGAAAAGCAUAUCUGACUUGAUUGGUUCUUUAUUUUCUGGAAGAUUGUAUAAUCAAGCAGUUUCUAUGACAAGACAUUAUGCUAAACCUAUGCUCCUUAUAGAAUUUGAUCAGAAUAAACCAUUCAGUUUUCAAGGCAAUUAUUAUGUUAGUAGAGAUUUUAAACAUACUGAUAUCACAGCAAAAUUACAAUUGCUAACACUUCAUUUUCCUAAAUUAAAAAUUAUAUGGUCCCCUAAUCCACAUGCUACAGCACAGUUAUUUGAGGAACUAAAGCAAGGACGAGAUCAGCCUGAUUCAAAUAUAGCUGCUAAAAUUGGAGCAGAUGAAGAUACAGAAAAUAAACAAAUAAUGAUGGAAAAAUACAAUCCUCACAUCCAAGAUUUUGUAGCUAAGUUGCCAGGUGUAAAUUCGAAAAAUUUGCGUUUUCUAUUAAACAAAGGAAAAUCAUUAGAUCAUCUUAUCACAAUGUCACAAGAAGAACUAAAAGAAAUACUUGGAAAUCAAAAUGAUGCAGAAUUGUUAUAUAAAGCUCUACACGAAAAAUAUUUACCAACAGGUGAAGGCUCGUCAUCAGGCAAAGGUGUUUCUAAGGUACGUGGUAAAAAAACUUUUUACCAGAGCAAAUAAAAAAUAAUAUGUGGAUAACAUAUAUACUAAUAAAUGU